AAAUCAACCGGGAUAGUUCCGGUGCCCAGAGGAAGCAAGGGCCCUAGAAGUCUGUACUUGAGGAGACAUGGCGACAGUUUCGGUUUCACGCUCAGACAUUUUAUCGUUUAUCCUCCCGAUUCCAUCGCUGAGAAAUAUGACGGAAGACACGCUGCUGUCGGGGCUCUGCUCGCUCCCAUGGAAACCAUCUUCGUGAAGCAAGUUAAAGAAAGGGGUCCAGCUAGACAGGCGGGUUUACAGCGGGGAGAUCGAUUGAUAGCCGUUAACGGAAUACCUGUCAAAGAUCAUACAUAUUCUCAAGUGGUGCAAUUUAUCGUCAACAGUCCAGAAUACCUUCAUUUGUUGGUGGUCCCAAAGGAAGACGACGUUUUGCAGAAGUUUUUCUCGGAAACUGCGUACAACCCAGCUUCUAACCAACCAACCUAUUCAGAUAUACCCUGCGACCGACAAAGCGCUCAGCAGAUCAUCUCGCGACGGUUAGCUCACCCUACACCAGAAUUCCAAGUCGAUGCCAUCUCGUGGCGAUCUCUACAACAACCAUACCCACAGACAGACUUUGUAGGACUGCAAGCGACGGCUUUCGACAGAGGGCAGCGUAGCGCAGACAAUUUACUGUACAGUGAACCCAGACAUCGGCAUAAUCAACAGGAGAUAUAUGCUGAAAUCCACCCCCAUGAUAUCGGUCAGCGUGGCAAAUGCCGGGCGGCCCCUCAGGUGCCCCUUUACAAAAAAAUGGGGAGAAGAGCUAGUGAGGGUAACAUUUUGUCAGAUCGGUGCGAAUCAUCGAACUAUUCUAGUUUGAACCCGGAGACUUCUGACGACCAUGCAAUGAAAGCUAUGUACAAAAACAAUUAUUUGCCGGAAGGCCCGGAAAUAUCAGGAUUAAAUUACCCGAAUACCGCGGGGUGUAGGUUGAGUUUGGAAGUGGGGCGCAGGGAGUCGAAUUCUUCUUUGUCUUCUUCUAUAGCAGACGGUAGCAAAGAUAGUUUCGGGUCCUUUGACUCUAAUUCGACGCUUACUGGACACGAAACCGAUGAUUCCGCUAUAAUGAAUAGAUUCCGGAAAAGCGUUCAACAAAAGGAGGAGUUCUUGAAAAAUACCAUCAAUCCCAGCAGUAGUGCCGAACAGGCUUUGGUUCGACGUGAGUUCUACAGUCGGCCUAAAAAACUUGAAAAGCAAAUGUGGCCUCCGAAUGACCGAGAAUCUCCUUCGAGAACAACAAAGCCUAAUCACCAAAAUUUUGCCAGGGUGAAAAACGACAUCGAUAACGAAAGGGAUUUUUCUCCUAAUCAGAAUGGACAUGAAAUGCAAGGUGGAGGAGCAGCGUUUUCAGUUCCGCAGCAGAGAGGAGCCACCUCUCCUAGAGAAAGAGAAAACUUAAAUCUAGACAGGAUUUAUGAAGGUGCUACUGCUCCGACUGGAUAUGAUAGUAUGGAGGCCAUUAACGGAUCAGUUGUUGGAGAUCCUUACGAAGACAGGAGGAUAUUCUCACCUCCUCUGCAAAUGGUCUACAAGCGUGCCAAGGAUUUUGAAAGCGGUCGACCGCUUCCGGAAGAUGAUCCCGUUCCUGGCAACCGGAUGAACUUCUCAAAAAGUGAACUGGCUCGAUUGAGUUCGAAGAAGUUAGUACCAAACGUCACCGAACGAGCACAUGAGUAUGAAACGAGAGCUGUUACUGAACCUAGAAGGGAUACUAGUUUGACAUCUACUACUUCGUCUAGCUCAGUAUUGAAGAGGAUACAUUAUUUCAAAUUGUACAUUACUUUUAUUGAAAACUAUCCACCAUUGAUUGUAAAUUCCAUAAAGGGAAAAUAUCUCCAAAGGCAGCUCUUUAAACAGCAAUUAGAUGAGAAGGAACCAGAUUCAGCAUUGCACACCGACAUAGGGUGGUUGAAUCGAAGAAGCAAUGUCAGCAGCGUGAGCGUCAAUGAAAUCUUAUCAGGCAGUAGGGGUCUUUCAGGAAACGUAACCGUUUCCAGUGGAAGCAAAUACCUACACUGCCCUCUACCCGCAGAAUGGCAGACGGGUGGACGUCCCACAGACAAAUCAGGGAAUGAGGCGACUAAGGUGCGCGCCCGUUCAAACUCGGCAGAGUCGUGGGUUGCAGCUUUGGGAAGCGAGCGUAAUCGAGAAGGAAGCAAAAGAAUCAGCAGGCAAGAUGCAUCAGCCACUUCCGAUAGAAACAAGGCGAAAGGACAGUUGAAUCCAUUCAUGGUUUAG